AUGGCUGACGGCAUCAUCACCUACACACAGCUACAGACCCCCAGCGACUGGGAGGCUGCCUCUAAUGCAAGGUUCGAAGCCAUGUGGGAGCAGUUCUGGGCUAAGCUAGCACAUAAACACCGGCUGCCUCAGCCACUAAAUCUCGGGAAGAAACCCAGAACACCCACGGCAAGACAACUAGCCAGGGCCGUGCACCCUGAGCAGCCCUCGACCGGGACAAGUAUACCGGCUACACGCCAGCAACAAGCCAUCGCACCCGAGAGGCAUGCACCCACUGUUGCCCAUCGGAGCCCGGACAAGCAUAGAGGUGUCGGCAAAACCCCCGUGAGAAGGAAAAGCGGGAGGAGCAGACCCCAACAAGCCCGGUGCAUUGGCACCCAAAGGUGGACGGGUCUACGCGGCUCGCAAUACCGAGCACACCUACGAGAAUACGUACCGCAGUCCGCUCAACAAGACCAGGGACAUGCACGCAGACAAGCCGGGAGGCCAGCUCAAGCGGCUGCUCGCAGCUGGGACUGUACAGCCGCAAGACAGGAGACAGCUAUUGCACGGAAUGCCUCUGAAUGCUCCCAGACCUAUGCUGUAAGCCUGCCGACCUCUGGUAUAGGGUGA